AGAUCGAUAGUACGCAUGCGCUUCAGGGAGCCUCCGCCCCCGGCCAGAGAGCUAUGGCGCAGCGCGCGCGCGCGCCCCACCCUGUCGCUGACCCACGGAGCCGUUGGCGUCUGGGCCCGCCCCGAGCGACGCGACGCGACGCAACGCAACGCAAGCCCCGCCCCGCCGUUUCCGGCUCACCGCUGCAGCGCAUGCGCUCUGGACCAGCUCUUCCCGUCGUGCCCUGGGUGCUAUAAAUUCUCGUUGCCCCACUUCUGUCCCUCUUUUUCCUCGGAGCGAGGUGUGUGGCAGGAGUGGGGCCGGGCCUGGCUUGGCGGGGCUGGCGGGGCGCGUGCCAGCUUUGCAAGCAGCGCAUGCCUGUCCACAAGCAGCUUUGCAAGCAGCAGAUGCCUGUCCACAAGCUUCAGGUGCUAUGUUGCAUCAGUUGAAAAGGGCAGUUACGGUAUGUGAAGACAUGGAGGAUACAAGCCCCUUAAAGCUUAGAUCAAAGAAAAAAAGAUUGUCCACAAACUUUGAAAAAUGUGUUGUUUGUCAAGAAAAUCAAAAGAAUGCAAAACUGUCAAAAGCCACCAGUGCUGGCCAGAACUCUGUGAUGCUGGCAGCAGAAGCCAGGAGAGAUGAAUUGUACUGGCGGCUACUGGGUGAGUUUUUUAGUUUAGACGCUGUGCCACCAAUACUCUACCACAGGGGUUGCUUUCAGAAAUACACAAGCAAGUCGAAUUUGGCACAUGUCAGAGUUAUGCUGAACCCAGGGAGGAAAACCAACUCUGAAUCUGAUCAGAGAGCAGCAUGCUCAUCCGAGUCUGUAGCCACUGGUUUAAGCACAUCCUCCAGCGAUUGGUCCUGUUGCGUUGUUUGCCUAAGAAAAACACAUAAGAAAGACAAGAAACUUCAUAGAAUAGGAACAUUUGAGAGAGCAGCCAAUCUGAGGGAGGCGGCGCUUCAAAGAGGAGAUGCUGACAUGAUGCGCAGAGUAUCGGUGGAAGACUUGAUUGCUAAGGAGGCCGUUUAUCACUCAAGAUGCAUUUCUUCCUACUUGAGUAAAACCAAUCUUAAAGCAAAACAAUCAAGUUGCACUUCAACAAUACAGUCACCUUAUGACGUUGCAUUUUAUCAGCUGAUUGAAGAGAUAGACAAUGAUCUUAUGGACAACAAGAAAGCUCUUCUCCUAUCCAAGCUGCUUCAAAGAUACAAAGCCCUACUUCCGUCAGAGAUAGAAACCGCAAGCUAUUCCAGUAGCAAAUUACAGGCAAGAUUAGGAAAACACUAUGGGUCUGCAAUUUCAUUCCAUUCACAGCACGGACAAGGCAAGUCUACCGUUGUUCUAUGCAGCACAGUAACAUUAGCUGAUGCUAUCCAAGCUUCUAGUAAUCUGAAGCAGGCCCUUAAAUCAUCCAAGUGUUUUUUGGAUGGGCUUCCGGCGAGUGAACCUGAUCAUCGGCUUUCAAACGAACAAGUGGUUUUGUAUAAUGCUGCUUCAAUCCUUCGGUCUGAAAUAGCCAAAGUGAAAGCCUCAGAAUAUUAUCCAAAGACAGGUAAUUGUAAUUUUCAGAGACCAGCUACUUUUGUGCCCCAGUUGGUGCAGGAAUUUGUCCUUCGGCUGAUAGAUAAAGAGGCACAUAAUUCAGUCAGCAGUGAGUAUCAUCCUUCAGAAGACAUUCAAAGAAGGUGCCGCUCAAUUGCAGAGUGCAUAGUAUUUAACAGUAACCCAUGCACUCUCCACAGAGAUCAUAAUGGUGAACAAGAUAGUGAUGUCGACUAGAAAUGUCACCAGCGCUACUAAAUGUCCAUGAUACCUGUACAAAUUUAUUAUUAGAGUUUAUUUCACCCUUUAAAUGGUGGUUGUGAUGCUUUAAGGUCACAAAUCCAAUUUUAUGUCUUGAAAUAAUGCAUAGAGUCAUUAAACUGACAGAAACUUGCAAAUAUUUCAAAGUGAUCAUUUUAAUGUGUUAUUUCUGUAGUAGUGGCACUGCUUGGCAGCACCUCGUCAUACCUCAUCUUAAAAUAGACAUAAGCUUUCAAAUGAUUUAUGGUGUGUGUGUGUAUGUCGAGAUGGUACAUUAAAUCGACCAGAUCAGUGGUGUCUGCCGCUCGCCCGUGUCUACACUGGACUUGUAGAUCACUAGCUGAUGUGUUCUAACAGCAUACCCAUACUCCUAGUCUAGACAAAGCUUUAGUAAAACAGGAAAAAAGUCAGAGAUGUUAACUGGAAAGAAAUAGAAAUGUUCCAGUGGGCUCCCCAAUCCAGGUCAGAGUGCAUUUUAGGUACUAGGAGAGGGUGGGAGGUUGGGAGGUAAGGUCCCAUGUGUACUGUAUUAAGGGGAGUCUGCAGUAUUUCUUCAUAACGAAUCUUACGGACACUGACUGAGGGGUUCAGUGGUAUGACCAAUAAAGGAACUGGUUUUAAACA